AUGAUGAAGCGACUCCUAAUCCCCACUAGACUGAGACUGGAUUUAUUGAGGCCCAACUCUAAUGAAGCAACACCCCCUUUCCAUGUUCCCGUGCUCUGCGACACAGCCAUCGAUUACCUGCAACCCGUUCCUGGAGGCACCUAUUUCGACAUGACCUUCGGAGCUGGCGGCCACACGCGUCGUCUUCUGGACAAGUGUCCCGAGGCUAAGGUCUACGCCUUGGAUCGAGACCCCGUGGCCCACCAACUGGCCCACGAGAUGAGCGAAUCGCAGGAGUACAAGGGCAGGCUGAUUCCCCUCCGCGGAAAAUUCUCUGACUUGCCAAAACUUUUCAAAGAACACGGCCUGGCCAAAAACUCCGUGGACGGAAUGCUCUUCGAUUUUGGCUGCAGUUCCAUGCAGUUCGACGAGGCGGUCAGGGGCUUCUCCCUCUCCAGGGACGGACCGCUGGACAUGCGAAUGGAUGGUGGCCAAGGCGGAGGAGUUACGGCUGCCCAGGUGUUGGCUCACGUGGAAGAAGGCGAUCUGGUGAAGAUUUUGCGCACAUACGGCGAGGAGAAGGCGGCUAAGAAGAUAGCCAGAGGUCUGAUAGACGCACGCAAUGCCCUGUUUAAAAUUGAGACCACCAGGCAGCUGGCAGAUUUAGUAGAAAACAUCAUGGACGGAGGAUUCAGGAAAGAUAAGCUACGAAGACACGCCCAUUCGGCCACCAAGACCUUCCAAGCCAUCCGUAUAUUUGUAAACAACGAGCUGAACGAGAUCAACUACGGCAUGGUUUUGGCCAAUGAAAUUCUUCGUAUGGAUGGUCGCCUGGUGACCAUCACCUUUCACUCGCUGGAGGACACCAUCGUGAAGCGCCACAUCAACGGAAAUGUUUUAGCCGGAGCCGCCAAUGCCUUGCCCCUCAAGUACUCCAGUCACUAUGCCAUAGACGAACCGGAAAUGUUGGAAUCCCUGACCAAGAAGAACUGGAAGCAACUCCAUCGCCAUGUCAUCGUGCCAGAUGCCGAGGAGGUGGCCAGGAAUACCCGCAGUCGAUCUGCCAAGCUGAGAGCAGCCGUCAAAACAAACUAACUAACAUGUCAAUAAAUUCCCUCGGUCUAGUCCAAAAAA